GGAAAAAGAAAGUGCGGCGGAAAGUAAGAGGUUCAUUGGGGAAGACUGCCGGGAUCCAGGUCCCCUGGGCUUUGCUUUGGCCCGGAGCACGGAGAGAAGCAGUGCAGGGAGACCCUCCACCCAUCCCGCCGCUUUCGCUGAGCCCGCUCAGCUUCUCAAGAAAGGAUGGAACUUCUGUGGUGUGUAAUGAGUCUCUGCUUCUAUGGGAUCCUACAAGUUGAUGCCUCAGAACGCUGCGAUGACUGGGGUCUGGAUACCAUGAGGCAGAUUCAAGUAUUCGAAGAUGAGCCAGCUCGCAUCAAGUGUCCGCUCUUUGAACACUUCUUGAAGUUUAACUACAGCACCGCCCACUCUGCUGGACUUACUCUGAUUUGGUAUUGGACUAGGCAAGACCGGGACCUGGAGGAGCCCAUUAACUUCCGCCUUCCUGAGAACCGCAUCAGUAAAGAGAAAGAUGUGCUCUGGUUCCGGCCCACCCUCCUCAAUGACACAGGCAACUACACCUGCAUGUUAAGGAACACUACAUAUUGCAGCAAAGUUGCAUUUCCUCUGGAAGUUGUUCAAAAAGACAGCUGUUUCAAUUCCCCCAUGAAACUCCCAGUGCAUAGACUGUAUAUAGAAUAUGGUAUUCAGAAGAUCACUUGUCCAAAUGUGGAUGGAUAUUUUCCUUCCAGAGUCAAACCCACCGUCACUUGGUAUAUGGGUUGUUAUAAAAUACAGAAUUUUAAUAAUGUAUUACCUGAAGACAUGAACUUGAGCUUUCUCAUUCCCUUGAUUUCAAAUAAUGGGAAUUACACAUGUGUUGUCACAUAUCCAGAAAAUGGACGCACCUUCCGUCUCACCAGGUCUCUGACUGUAAAGGUGGUAGGCUCUCCAAAAGAUGCAAUACCCCCACAGAUCUAUUCACCCAAUGAUCGUGUGGUCUAUGAGAAAGAACCAGGAGAGGAGCUACUCAUCCCCUGUAAAGUCUUUUUUACAUUCCUUAAGGACUCUCACAAUGAGGUUUGGUGGACCAUUGAUGGGAAGAAACCUGAUGACAUCACUAUUGACAUAACCAUUAAUGAAAGUGUAAGUUAUACUAAAACAGAAGAUGAAACAAGAACUCAGAUUUUGAGCAUCAAGAAAGUUACCCCUGAGGAUCUCAAGCGCAACUAUGUCUGUCAUGCUAGAAAUGCCAAAGGGGAAGUUGACAGAGCAGCCAAGGUGAAGCAGAAAGUGGUAGCUCCAAGAUACACAGUAGAACUGGCGUGUGGUUUUGGAGCCACAGUCCUGCUGGUGGUGAUUCUUAUUGUCGUUUACCAUGUCUACUGGUUGGAGAUGGUCCUCUUUUACCGGGCUCAUUUUGGAACAGAUGAGACCAUUCUAGAUGGGAAGGAGUAUGAUAUUUAUGUAUCCUAUGCAAGGAAUGCUGAAGAAGAAGAAUUUGUGUUAUUGACCCUCCGUGGAGUUUUGGAGAAUGAAUUUGGAUACAAAUUGUGCAUCUUUGACCGAGACAGUCUACCCGGGGGAAUUGUCACAGAUGAGACCUUGAGCUUCAUUCAGAAAAGCAGACGCCUCCUGGUUGUCCUAAGUCCCAACUACGUGCUCCAGGGAACCCAAGCCCUCCUGGAGCUCAAGGCUGGCCUAGAAAAUAUGGCCUCUCGGGGCAACAUCAACGUCAUUUUAGUGCAGUACAAAGCGGUGAAGGAGACGAAGGUGAAAGAGCUGAAGAGGGCUAAGUCGGUGCUCACGGUCAUUAAAUGGAAAGGGGAAAAAUCCAAGUAUCCACAGGGCAGGUUCUGGAAGCAGCUGCAGGUGGCUAUGCCAGUGAAGAAGAAUCCCAGGAGGUCUAGCAGUGACAAGCAGGGGCUCUCCUAUUCAUCCCUCAAAAAUGUAUGAAAGGGAAAAUGUAAAGAGUAACAAGAACAAAGGGUACUCCUGGGAGGAAGAGCCCCUCUUUUCCUUCCCAGUUUGUGGUUUGAUAGGCAGAAAAAAAUUCUGCCUAAGCCUCAUCAUAGGGAUAAAUUCAGGGUAACUAUCUGGCUGGCUGCUCUGCUUCUCAGGCAUGGCUAAGGUUUAGAAUGAUAGUGUCAACACUCUGUCCCCAGUCUCUGAUGUCACUAUAUUCUUUGCAGGCAAAAAGACUGGGUUGAAGUGAAUUUCUUCUUUUGCAUCCUCCACCCCUGUUCCUCCUUCUUUCUGUCUCUCUGUUUAAAAUAUUAACCUUAUAGAGCAGCCAUGCCUGUGGAUUGUUGACGGGUAUUGUGAUUUAUGAGUAGAGUAUUUUUUUUUCUUUUAUUUUUACUCAUCCAUUAAAAAGAUAAUCAGGGCUUACAUUUAUUUUUGCUGAGGAUAAACAAGCUUUUGUGCUCUUUUGGCUGUUCAGUACACCACCACAGAAAGACCUGAUACCCACUUAGGAGGUUACAAAGCAAUAUAACUAAAAAUGUCUCUGAUGGUUGAUUGAAAGAGCAUGCUGCAUUUCCUCCUACUAUACCACAUUUGCCCUCAUCUCAGGUAAUUGAUAUCACAUUUAUAAACUUGAAAAAUAUAAAUAAUUUUUAAUUACCAUAAAUUCUUGAUUAUCUACAGAUUGAGUCAUAUUUAUUACUCCAUCUCCCUCUCUACUUGUAUCAAUCACUCAGAAUUUGCAGGUUAAAAAAUAACAAGACAGAUUUUGCAGGUGGUUCCAUACUUGGUUUAGUCUAAAAGGCAACUUCUAAUGGUGCUAAUGGAGAGCAAAAUGCUUUUAGGGCAUUUCGAACUUGUGAAAAGAGUGCAGAACAGGAUGCUUAGCAAUUUGCCUUUUAAUCCAACCGUGCUAAUGUGAAAACUGGAAAAGUGAUUUUUCCUCACUUGUUUGUGUCUCCUCAUUGUAACACAUGGAGAUUAGGUUUAGUGACCUUGAGAGUUGCUUUUAGCAUUAAUACUCUAAAAGAAUUAAUUGUACUUCCUGUAAUUUAUUCACUGGCACAGGUAAUAUCUUGAUCCAAAAAAGUCUGUCUGAAAGGUGACUGUCAAUGAAACUUGUUUUGCUGGUUUUUAGUAAAAUUUUAACGUUCUUCUGACUUGGAAAAGUAAAAAUUAAGUGCAGAGUUUACAGAGUGGAUAUCUAUGUUACAUGUAGAAUAUGUAUUUUUGUGUAUUUAUAUAUAUAUAUAUAUACAUAUAUAUAAAUACACAUAUAAAAAUAUACAUAUAUAUAAAUAUCCACACACCUUAAUUUUAUAUGCUUGUGUGUGUAUUUAUAUCCACAAGUUGUGUACGUGUGUAUAUGUAUGAAUCUACAUGCACAUGCAUUACCUAUGUGUGUAUAUGUACACACAGACACACGCAUGUGCUUAUCUUUAAAUAGCCAUUAGUAUGAUAUUACAAAACACUGGAAGUCUUGUCCAGUUUUAAAAUUAUGUUCAUACUGUAAUGCUUUUGUGUUGGUGUUGUCAUUCAUUAAUAUUAUUUGUGAAUUUGCUGCUCACAGAGUGGUAUUUGUCAUUAGUUCUUGCCUUCCCUAAACUCAUAUAAAUAACUUAUUAUAGCUACAGCUGAUCUGGGUUGCAGUGAAAUCUGUUAUGUAGCCAGAUAUCUGGUAUUAACUGGUUUUCUACUGUAUUCCUAGAAGACACAUUAAGAAAUUAAGUCAUGCUAAUCCCAGUGCUUAACUAUGUGGACUAUUAAGUAAUAAAAGAAAAUAAAUAUACCUAUAAAUGAGUUUGGAGGAUACUAUGAAACAUAAUAAUUCAUAAUUUAAGGAAGCCCUCAUCCCAGUAGUAUGAAUGUUAAUAAGCAAUUCUAAAAUUGUCUCCUACAUUUAAGUGUCCUUUAUCAGUGUUAAAGUCUAUAAUACAUCAUUUCUCUAUAUGGAAGUUAUUGAUUACUUUAAAUUGAAAAUGAUUCCCUUCUGGAUUCUUGACUAUAAAACUACGACAUGGAGUCACUCUCAGAAUGAAUAUUUUAGCCUUUUUAAUGCUUUUUCCUUAUUAUAGAUCACAAUUAUUUCUGCUACUAACCCUUUAUAAAGACAACCACAAGGGAGUUGACUCCAGAUUAGCUCUGAAUAUCAAUCCUUUUAGGAACUUUAGGUCAACAAGGGGUGGUCUCAUCCCCAAGAGGCCAUUUCUUGCUAUGCUGCAUUCUUUUUUGCACUUUGGGGUUUCAUAUUUAUCAUUAAUGCCAUAGGGUACCCCUGGAAACUCCUUGAUUUGUUUUUCUAUUUAUAUUCCUAUCUUUCAUAUUGAGUUUUUCCAAAUGUUAUAAUGGAAAGCAAAGCAAAUCUAAUUUGUCUCAUCCUAAUAAAACUUACUUUCAAUAUGUUUCAUGUUCUAGAAGUUGCCCAAUACAGAGCAUCUGAGGGAGAUAGGGACACAUACUAGUAAUAUAGUGGACAAUAAUAAAUAAUUUCUCUUAUUUAAAAAAAUAAACUUAAUGGUUUUAGAUAUAUGACAUCAGGAUCUUCUGCACCCAGGUUAACAAAGAACUAUAUUAUGUAGAGUGUCUCAUUACACAAUCACAUUCAAUUUAUUGAAUUCUCUUUUGUAUUUCAGCUUGAAUGAUUCUUAGGAUUCUAAUAAAAAAAGCACUCCAUUGUACUGGGAAACAAAAACAUCACUCCACUUGUUAAUUACCCAUUUUCUUUCUAUAGGUUUUAAUAUUUUAAGAUUAUCUUUUUAAUUUUAUUCAUGAACUUUUGUAUUUUCCAUUUUUCAUUUGAUUUGUAAAUUUACAUAUUUUUAAAAUAAACCAUUUAUUUUCAGC